AUGGGUCAAAGCGUGUCAACCUCAUGGCUCUCGGCGCCUUUGGCCAAAGAGCUGCUGGAGGAGCUGCGGCAGUUUUCCCUGCAGGCGCCCGGCAGCUUUUGGGCUCCUGGCCCCGUGUCGGCACGCUUCCGGUGGGCAGUGAACAUCAACGAUUGGAAGCCAAGCGGAGGAUCCGAUGGCGAGGAGUUCCGAUUACUGUUGGCGUUGUUGAAGCCUGAAGAGCAAGAGUCGAUCAUGUCCUACAGAGCAUUGCCAGACCGCAAGCGAACUUUGUUGGGUCGCUUGCUGGGGCUCAGGGCAUGCGCCCAGGCCCUGGGCCAAUCCGACUUUGCUGGAAUCCAAAUUGGCCGCACAAAGGGUAAGAAGCCUUUUCUGCUGUCACCGCUGCCGACGACAUUGCCGAAUUUCAACUUCAAUGUUUCCCACGACGGUAACUGGGUCGUCUUAGCAAGCGACCCCAUCUUCCUUGUCGGUGCUGACGUUUCCGCACCGCAGCAAGAGCGUGGAGAGCGAGAGGACGAGACCUGGUACCAGGACUUGCAGGCCGUGCUGACUGACACAGAGCGGGAAUGCAUCAAGAGCAGUUCGAGCGCAGUCCGAUACGCCACCUUCCAGCGGAUUUGGUCUGCGAAAGAGGCAGUGUCCAAGGCAGUUGGCCAGGGGCUGGCAUUCGGGCUUGAGCGUAUGGAGGUGCAGCUACCUGGAGCCCAUCAAGAGAACUUGGGCAACUUGGUUCUCACGGCACUGGGGAUCACAAGGUCCGAGACGACGGAGCCCGCCGCCAAAAAAGGUCGGAUAAAGUUUUCGUCUCUUCUGGACAGCCUGCAGAACGGCAAAAGCGGCUCAGGCCUCGAGCACGGGCCGCCCGCCGGCACGCACGCGCCCGCGGCCCGAGAGGAGAAAGCAGAAGCGGUGCCGACGCCGAUGCAGCGAGUCGAGAUUCAUAUUGACGGCUGGCCUCGGGCAGACUGGACGGUGUACCAAGAGGAGCUUCGAGGAUCUUGGAUCUCCAUGGCGAUGGGUCCGGUGGAUGAGGCCGUCGAUGCCAACGGGACUUUCCGGGCUACCUUCAGACUGCCUGGGCUGGGUGGACCUUCGGACCUCGAGGCCCUGCAAGGCAAGUUGGACAAUGUGCAGGCGACCGCUGCCAGCGGUGGCUCCUGGAUUCCGCACGACAAAGGAUUCCAGAUCCUCCCGGUGGAAGCUCUCCUUCCGCAGGAGGCCGAUGCGGCAGGAAAGGAGGGAAAGCGACUGAUCGUCGAUGAGGCGAACGCGCAGAAAUCCGCAGCUGCGAUUUCAGCAGACUGUGAGCUGAUAGCGCAGCUCGAAGCCAAAUCAGUGAUUGACAUUAUCGAUGACAUGGACCUUGCCCGUGGCGGCCCGAAAACCUAUAUGGGCUCACUCACUGAUCAGGGGAUGGCAUCCUUCUCAAACAAGUCUCUCCUAGCGCUGGGUGACAACAUUGACAUUUCCGGAAAGGGCGUUGCAUUCACCUGCCGAAAGGGUCUGAAGCCAGAGAGUCCAAACCAAGAUUCCUGGUGUUUAGUGAAGAUGGACACCUUCUCCAUCUUUGCAGUCUUUGAUGGUCAUGGCCAGAAGGGCCACGAUAUCUCCCAGUUCGCGAAGGAAUUUCUACCGAAAGUUAUCCUGAAGGACCCGAGGUCGAAAUCACCCGAAGUCGGCUCUUGUCUCGUCGAUUCCUUCAAGAAGGUUCAGAAGCUUGUCACUGCCGCAGAUAAGACCAAACGUUUAAGUGCGCAGAUGUCCGGCACCACAGCAACUGUUUGCUUCCUCGAUCACUUGCACGAGAAGCUGACGAUCGCUCACGUGGCGGACAGCACUGCUGCCUUUGGGGUCAAGAAAGGUGGCAAGUGGAUCGGUACGUCCGUGACCAAAGACCACAAGCCGAAUGUCAAGGGUGAACGCGAGCGAAUAGAAAAGAAGGGUGGGACGAUCGUUUUUGAUGGCUAUGCAAACCAUCGAAUUUAUGCAAAAAACUCUCGAUAUCCUGGUCUCAAUAUGUCGCGAUGUUUGGGUGAUAUAAUCGGUCAUGAAGAGUGUGGGGUCACCGCUGAGCCAGAGAUCACACGGGUGGAGCUGCAGACCGGGGCAGAGCAGCUACUGCUUGUCUGCAGCGACGGUGUGUGGGAGUUCAUAACGGCACAAGAGGCUGUCGAUCUCGUCAGCACGCGGCCAGCAGAAGAGAGCGAGCAAGCAGCAGGGCUGCUGGCCAAAGAAGCUUGGGAUCGCUGGAUCCGCGAAGAGGGUGGUGCGGUUGUGGACGAUAUCACUGUGGGCUUGGUGCAUAUUGGCAAGGACAAAGCGCCGGGCAAGUGA